CUCCAGUGCAGCAGAAGUAGUUAAUGUGUAACUACAGGGAGGGGCAGCGCUGUGUGGAACCUGUGUCUGUACCUGUCUGUUCGCCUGUGUCUCAACCUACAGCUGUCUGAAGCAGACUUUACAUGCCUUUACUUUAUUUGCUAUGCUACUAAUUUGUCUGGAUAAUACAUCUUUGUGAAACAUUUACCCUCUGAAGUGGAGUAGUUCUUUGUUUUGUGGAUAAAUUCAUUUGUUCUGACAUGGCUGACUACAGUUCUCAACAGCCAGCCUCCUCUAAAAUGGACUCAGUGCAGGGCCAAGUCAAUGAAGUUAAAGUUAUACUCAAAGACAACAUCAACAAAGUACUGGAGAGGGGAGAGAGGUUAGAUGACUUGGUUGACAAGACACAUGACCUACAAGCAACCGCAGACUCCUUUCAAAGGACAUCCACGCGGGUAGCCCGCAAGUACUGGUGGAAGAACGCCAAGAUGAUGAUCAUCAUCGGAGUGAUAGUUCUAAUCAUCCUCGUCUUCAUCAUCCUGUUUGCUACAGGUGUCAUCCCCAGUUGAAUUGCCUCACGGACUCCUACAGUACUACAUCCUCGCUAAAAGGAAUAGGAUGAACCACGAUCACCAACAGUCAUGUUUUGAAUUUGAUGAAACUGUGGUUUCAUUCUGGUCUUCUCCCCAAGGCUCAAGGUGGAUUGUGUAUAGUAACGUGACAAAAUAUAACAUUUCACAUUAUGACUUCUGUAAAUAAGCAUCCUGGAAUUUGUUUGAUUGUUUUUAGAUUAUAUCUGUUCAUUUGAUGUUUAAUAACAUACAUUAGAUUGUGUAUUUUUGUCACAAGAGAAAUAUUACAGGUAAGGGGCCUCUUCUCACAGCAUCAGGGUGCAUUGAAUGCUUUAUAUUUGUGCUUAAAGGGGCAAUCUGCAGUUGCUACAUACAUUUUCUGAUUUAUAAGUUGAUAUGUACCCAUUGAUUGUUGAAGAAUGUAACUUAUAAAUGCCUCAUGAGGUUAGUUCAACUGUCGUACCCCAUCAGAACCCCAAAUAUAAGCUUGUUUUACUUCAAUGUUUGUAAACAAAGUAAAUGUAAACAAACACAAUAUCCUCAAACCAUGGUUAAAACUACAAAUGCUAUAUCAUGGAUAGUCAGUCCAUUCAUCCAUCACACCGUCUAUGAAUUUAAGUAGUUACAUUUCUCCAACCCCAUCCCGCAACUUUUAACCAAAAGAGGGGCGGGGAGUCGCUUUGUUAUUGUUUCAACUGCUGAUUGCUGCUUUAGAAAUGGUGGCCACAAUAGUUCACUUCAUUACAGUAUACACUUACACUCCACUAGCAAUAUAAUACUGUCCAAGGGUAAAGGUUAAUGUAACAAACAGUUAACACUGUAAAAAAACAAUCCAUUUCAAUUUCAGAUACGUUUUUUUAUUUAAAUGUUUUGAUGAUUUCUGAAUGUUCUAUAUUUCUGUGUACCAUGUCAAAUAUAUAUUAACAAAAUGUUUACUUGUGAUAACUACGAUAAAGGAUAUAGAUUUAUUUAAGGGCCCAUUUGCUUUUGACCGCAAUAUAAAUAAUUUAUUUUCUGGCCCUGACCAAUCCAAUUUUAUUUAUCGGUAGACAAAUUUCCACCUCAGGGACAAUUAAGUAUCUUUAUCCUAUUUGGGUUUCAAUAAUGGUAAUUUAUGCCUUAACAAAAAGCAAUUUACAUAGAAUAUAACACACAUUUAACAAAAGGGAUAACACUGAGCGUAAGUGAAUAAUCAACUUUUAAAUAUAAUUCUGCAUAUAUUCCUUUCACACAGUGUAACUCAAUACAAGACGAAUAGGAAACUUUUAAAAGCUUUGCAAGAAGAAACAACGAAAAACAACACUGAACAUAAAUUCAAUGUGCGUAGAUCAACUGAAUACUCUGACUGUGUCCUGUCUCAAGCCGUCCAUAAUAAAGGAAACUCUUGACUGAAACCUG